AUGACAGAACCACGUAUGCGCCUGCGCCAAAAAGGCCAACAAUUCCCCACACAAGACUUAGAAGCCUUCCUCCUCGCUUUCGGCGACAACGACUACCCCCUCCCCGAAACCAUUCGCGUCCUCGACGAAAUAAUAACAGACUACAUCAUCGAAACAUGCCACGAAGCCGCCUCAGUAGCGCACCACGCGCGGCGCGCAAAAAUCAAGCUCGACGAUUUCAAAUUCAUGCUUCGUCGCGAUACGGGGAAGCUGGGUAGGGUGAGCGAGAUGCUGGAGACGGAUAAGGAGCUGAAGCGGAAGAGGAAGGCGUUUGAUACUGAUGAGGGAGCUGUGUUGGCCGAGAAGGAUGCGGCGGGUGCGAAGGGGGCGGGGGAGGGCAAGGAGGGGAAGAAGGAUGCGGAGAGGGAGGGUGGGGAAGAAGGGGAGAGGAGGAAGAAGAAGAAGAAGAGGCGGGAGGGUGGUGGAGGUGGCGGGGGGGAUGAUGCGAGUACGGUGCGUAGUGCAUGA